GAGAGUUCGUUGAGUGCAGUGUGUAGUACAUGCUUGACAGUCUUCUCUUUUAUGUUUUACUAGCAAGUUUUUUUUCUAGACAGACUUCCAAAGGGACAUUUUGAUUCAGUGCGACGCUAUUCAGGCAACGGUCCCGCUUUUGUUCAGUUCCAUCUUCAAAGUCAAACUGGCGGCGCUGAAGUUUUUCGUUCAAUUAACUUUCGAUCAUCAUGAUGCCUGCCACGCGUUUGCCAACGCUGAGCACCUCGAGUACUCCGUCUUGAAACAGAUCGAGUCUAUGCUUUCGCGUGACCAGCCUUCCGACAUACAGUCAAACGCGGCGAAAUGUUUUGUAAAUCUUUGGCGAUGCGGAGUGAUCAACAACGAAAAGGACAUCAUUUACAAGAAGGUCAUGCCGUCGCUGGUUCGUCGCAUUCGUGAUGACGAAGCGCAUUUCCCUGAGAAGUCAAACGCCUGUCGAACGCUUGCAUACUGCAUUGAGUCUGAUCUGUACCUUCAGCAGCUGGCGCAGUGGAACAACUUAUGUCCGCAGGCGUUGGGAAACUGCUUUGUUUGCGCGAUGGCCGUUGACCUCUCUAGUGCAGGAAAGGUUAAGCGAGAAAAUGCUAUAUGUCUGAUCGAUGCAGCCCUGCAGGGUAUUGCCGCUCUGACAUCUAAUAACGAAGAGGUUAGAAGAAAGGUGGUAGCAGAGGUUCUUAACUUCGUUCAAAACUUGAUUCGCUGUUUGGACGCUGACAAAUACGGUGACCAGGUUCUAUUAUCGGCUUUGAAAUGUUUAAGUUCUUUGAGUCGUUCGCUAGAGCAGCUAAGAACCACUUUCCAAAAUAGAGCCACAUGGCAGACUUUGCUGAUCCUCACGCGAAGUUCCAAUGAAAGCGACAUCGUUUGCACGGCGGUUGCCGUCAUUGCCAAUCUUCUCUUAGAAUUUUCUCCUAGUAAAUUGUCCGGCAUCAUCGAAACUUUGUGCGGAAUGGUCAAGAGUGAGAAUCAAUCUUUGCGUCUGAACGCCGUUUGGGCGCUGAUGAAUGCAGCGUACCGGGCAGAAGACAAAGUGAAGAUUGCGAUAGUAGUCGGCUUAAACCCCGACCAGCUGUUGCGUCUGUUGACCGAGUCAGCAGUCGAUUCACUGCUCGUUCCACGACUCCUGGGCUUGGUGCAGAAUCUUCUGUCGCAGCGCAAGGCACUAUGCAUUCUGGCAAACAUCGCUGACGGAAAUUCGGCGAAGGAGUACAUAAUGACAAACGAAGAUAUUUUGCGGAAGAUAGCCAACUAUAUGGUGCGUAUCAUUAAUUGA